UUUUGGUUGGGUUGGGUUGAACCCGGAAGUUAAACGGUAUUUAAACUACGCUGUGUUUUUGUUUGUGAUUGUAAGUUUCAGGUAUUCAACCGAUCUGUCCUUUCAAUGCAUUAGUUACCCUUUUUCCCACCAGACAAGUGAAUGCAUGGAGUCUCAAGGAAUCGUUAAAGCUUUCCGUAAAGUGAAGAGGACUGGCAAUGGGUUAGACAGAGAAGGACCACAGAUGAAAAGAAAGCAGGGAGAAACAGGUGACUGGCUCAGUGGAAUACAUGUGUACAUCAUCCAAGCUGGGAUUGGAAAUACCAGAAGUGGAAUCUUUAAAAAACAAAUAGUCCAGAAAGGGGGGCAAGUUAGGGAGAUCUUCUCUCCUGAUGUCACCCAUGUCUUAGUGGAUGAGACCAUGGACUGUGAUCGUGCGUUGCGCAUAUUGAAGAUUGAGAAACUCCCUCCUGUAGUGCAGCUGAUAAAAUCGUCUUGGUUGAGUCUGUGCAUCGCUGAAAAAAAACUUGUGAACACUGCAGGUUACAGCAUUUUCAUCCCAGACAGGUACUUGAAUUCAGACUUGAAAGGAGUGGAUGAUGAAUCUGAGCACAGAGAUGCACCUGAUUUAAGAACAAUGCAAGUGCUGAGUGUGGAGAAAAGGGAUGAUACAGCGACAGGAGAAAAUGCAGUGCUGCUUCAAGAGUCUGUAAAUAAGAGUGUCUUCAAGUCACAGACAUCAGAAGGUGACGGAAGCGAUGGGGAAGAUGGAGGGGUCACACAGGGUGACUUGGAAGCACUACUCACAGGGUGCUAUCCAAAAGCUGGGGACUCCAGUACAACAGCACCACCUGCUGGAGGGAAGUGGGUCUGCGCUCAGUCCUCGGAAGCCAAGAAGGAGAAUCACAACAAGCACAUUACUGACAAGCUGGAGGUUCUGGCGAAAGCUUAUACCCACCAGGGGGACAAGUGGAGGGCACUGGGCUACUCCAAAGCUAUAAACGCCCUCCAGAGCUACCAUAAAACUGUGUCUUCAUAUGAGGAGGCAUGCAAGAUCCAGGGCAUUGGAAAGCGGAUGGCAGAGAAGAUAAAGGAGAUCUUGGAAAGUGGCCACCUUCGCAAGCUGGACCACAUUGGGGAGAGUGUGCCAGUGUUGGAGCUCUUUACCAACAUCUGGGGUGCUGGAGCCAAGACUGCACAGAUGUGGUAUCAGCAGGGGUUUCGUACUCUUGAUGAUAUCCGCACCAAAGCAACCUUGAAUAGCCAGCAGAUGGUAGGACUGAAGCACUACGAAGAUCUUCUGGAUCGAAUGCCGAGAGAGGAGGCUGCAGAGAUUGAGAAAACUGUGCGGGAGAUGGCUUUGUCGUUGAACCCUGGCCUGGUGGCCAUGGCCUGUGGCUCGUAUCGGAGAGGGAAGGCCACGUGUGGAGACGUGGAUGUUCUAAUCACCCACCCAGAUGGAAAAUCUCACAAAGGCAUCUUUAGUAAAGUCGUGCAUGGCCUCCAUCAAAGUGGUUUUCUGACAGAUGAUCUGGUCAGCCACGAGGACAAUGGGAACCAGAAGAAGUAUCUGGGAGUCUGUCGUCUCCCAGGACCUGGCCGCAGGCACCGGAGACUGGAUAUUAUUGUGGUGCCUUACAGUGAGUUUGCAUGUGCCUUGAUGUACUUCACGGGUUCGGCACACUUCAACCGGUCCAUGCGGGCCUUGGCUAAAACCAAGACCAUGAGCCUGUCAGAGCACUCCCUUAACAGGGACGUUCUCCGCAAGGGAAGCCUGAAGGUCACCCCGGGACUCCCCCUGCCUACACCAGCAGAAAAGGAUGUGUUCACUCAUCUCGGACUGCCAUACAGGGAACCUCAGGAGAGAGACUGGUGAUAAUGUAGCUUUUUGGAUUUGGAGGAUAUUCUGGCUCUUUCCAAACCAUUAUAAAAUUAUGAAAAAACACAUGCUAAAAAGAAUUUGCACAAUUCUUUUUCCAAUGUGAGGAGAAAAACAAUAUAUUAUAUUUUUUAAUGUGCAUGUAUAUAUAAACAGUAACAUAUUUAAAUUGUUCUGAUAUAUGAAUGACUGUCCAUACCUUGUUUUAGCUAAGAAUUCAUUGCCCAGAAUUACAAACAGAUGUUAGGCCUCUCUUGCACCCUGGAAUCUGAUCAUGUGCAAAAUGUAUUGAUGAAUGUUUGUUUUACAACAGGGAGUAGUUUAUUAUGUAUUUGAUCACCUGUACUAAUAAUGAAUUUUGAAUGUUGAGGUCUUUUUGUAUAAUCAUGGGGAAAAAAAACACUACUUAAUGCUAAACAUAAAGCCUGACUUUGUGCUCUCUAAUAGGGUUAAUAUUGGAGUCCAACAUUCAGAAACCCAUAAACUGUGGUGCGAUUCAGGCGCCACCUUGUGAUCCAAAGAAUUACAGCAGUUGAAUGAUGAUUGAAUAAAAAAUAAAUACAAAGUAUUGAACAUUGCCUGCACCAUAAUAAAAAGGAUUUGUCUAAUAUUA